UUUUAAGAAUAAGGAGGUAAAUUCGAAAACCCCGCCAACACUGCUGAGAUGUUUGGAGAGAAGGCAUUGGAACUCAUAAGAGAACUUCAUCGUUCAACCGAAGGGGUGCUGCCCCCUUUCAAUGAUGAAGGAAUAAGACAAGUAUUGGAAGAAAUGAGAUCCUUGUAUGAACAGAACCAAGCAGACGUGAGUGCUACAGUUGCAGGAGAGCAGGGAUUGUUUUCAGGAGUUCAGCUUCGCCAUGCCAGUUUAGAAAGAGAUAAAAGAUGUCUUCUUGCAUAUCUAUAUAACAGACUUCAAAAAAUUCGUAAUAUGAGGUGGGAGUUUGGAAGUGUACUUCCUGCAGAUAUCAAAACCAAUAUGUCAGAACAAGAGGUCCAGUGGUUUACAAAAUACAACAAGUGUUUGGCUAAUUAUAUGCGACGACUUGGAGAUAGUGGGUUAGAUUUAACACAGGAUAUGCAGCCACCCAAGUCACUAUACAUAGAAGUAAGAUGCUUAGUGGACCAUGGGGAGUUUGAAACAGAGGAUGGCACCGUGAUUUUAUUGAAAAAAAACAGUCAGCAUUUUUUGAGAAGAUCACAAUGUGAGCAUUUAAUCCGGCAAGGAAUACUGGAACACAUUCUAUAGAUGGUGUUCACUUGUAACCAGAAUGUCGAGCAGAGGCUGUCAUAUAUAUUCACCACACACCGGUAGUAUGUACAUCUGUGAUGAAUUCAAAAUUUUUUAUUUCAAAUAAGAAGACUGUUGACGAGUAUAGCUGUGCAAUGUGAUCCACAGUGUAUACCAACAAUAAUCCUUAUUAAAGUGAAAAAGAAUAAAUGUGAUUGUAUAUAUCUCC